AUGUUCGCAGCAUCAUGGAUCUGGGGAGCGGUCGCUGUACUCUGCUGUGCGUUUUGGCUGCUUCUAGGGAGGAGGAGAAGGCGACAAGGUGAGCCACCACUUGAAAAUGGCUUCCUUCCAUACCUGGGCUGUGCCUUGCAGUUUGGUGCCAACCCCCUGGAGUUCCUCAGGGAAAAGCAGAAGAAGCAUGGGCACAUUUUCACCUGCAGAGUAGCAGGGAAAUACAUCCACUUCCUGACCGACCCCUUCUCGUACAACGCGCUGACACGCCAGGGCAAACACCUGGACUGGAAGAAGUUCCACUUUGCUACCUCUGCCAAGGCUUUUGGGCAUGGCAGCAUUGACCCAGCAGAGGGAAACACCACUGAAAAUUUCCAUCAGACCUUCAUUCGAACCCUUCAAGGCAAUGCCCUAGAUGCCCUCAUCGAAGCGAUGAUGGAGAACCUACAGUACGUCAUGCUGCAGUCAAGAACAUCGAAGCUCCAGUCCCAUGCCUGGGUGACAGAAGGACUUUACACAUUCUGUUGCCAAGUGAUGUUUGAGUCUGGCUUUUUAACACUUUUUGGUAAAGAACUGGACACCACUAAUGACAAAAACAUAUCGCCAAAGCAAGAUUCUGAGAGAGCUCACAUCCUAAAUGCCCUUGAGAACUUCAAGGAAUUCGACAGGAUCUUCCCAGCCCUCGUGGCAGGGCUGCCCAUCCACCUCUUCAAGAGUGCCCACAGUGCACGGGAGAAGCUGGGAGAAGCUCUCCUCCACAAGAACCUGCAGAAGAGAGACAACCUCUCCCAGCUCGUCACCCUCCGCAUGUUCCUCAACGACACUCUCUCAACCUUCGAUGACAUGGAAAAAGCGAAGACCCAUGUGGCAGUGCUCUGGGCCUCGCAGGCCAACACCAUUCCUGCCACCUUCUGGAGCUUGUUCUACCUGCUCAAGAAUCCAGAAGCAAUGAGAGCUGCUACCAAAGAAAUACAAACUGUUUUGGAAAGCGCUGGAGAGAAGAUCAACCCAGAUGGCAAACGUAUUUCCUUGAACCGAAAGCAGCUGGAUAAUAUGCCAGUACUAGACAGCAUCAUCAAGGAGGCAAUGAGGCUAUCGAGUGCAUCUAUGACUUUCCGAGUUGCCAAGGAGGAUUUCACUUUGCACUUAGAAAAUGAGUUUUACAACAUUCGCAGGGAUGAUAUCGUGGCUCUUUAUCCUCAACUCUUGCAUUUUGAUCCAGAAAUCUAUGCUGAUCCCUUGACAUUCAAAUACGAUCGCUUUCUCACCGAGAAGGGAGAAGAGAAGACUGACUUCUACCGCAACGGCCGCAAGCUCAAGUACUACUACAUGCCCUUUGGGACAGGCGUUGCCAAGUGCCCUGGCAGGUUAUUUGCUGUCCAUGAAAUUAAACAGUUUUUGACUGUGAUGAUCUCAUAUUUUGAGAUAGAGCUUGUGGACAGCACCGUGCAGUGUCCUUCUCUAGAUCAGUCCCGUGCAGGACUGGGCAUUCUGCAACCAGCCAAUGACAUUGACUUCAGGUACAGACUGAGAUGUCUGUGAAUGUUUUGUAUUGCACACUUCAACUAUGGACUGUAUAAAGACACUACAUAACACAUCCUUUAUAUAUAUUUUAUGUAUAUAUGCAAGUGAAACGUUGCAAGUCUGGGGGGGAAGAUGCACAUGAAGAUGUUAACUCAUCAGCCUCAUGGGAAAAUGCAUCACAAGUACCACUAUGGGACCAGUCUGCAGCAGGUUUAAUGUGCUGUGGUUGGUGCAAAUCUCUCUCCCCUUUUACCACCCAUUCCAGUUCAGAUUCUGAAUUGUGUGUGUACAGAAGCUCUUUUUAGUUCUUUUUUUUUCUUUCAGCAAAUAUUUUCCCAGAGUUAGAACUUCAUCAGCUAAUCAAAAUAAUUGUUAAAAAUUCACAGAAUCACAGAACUGUCAGGGUUGGGAGGGACCUCAAGGAUCAUCUAGUUCCAACUCCACUAGAUCAGGUUGCCCAGAGUCACAUCCAGCCUGGCCUUAAAAACUUCUAGGCAUGAGGCUUCCUCCAGCUCUUUGAGCAACCUAUUCCAGUGUCUCAGCACCCUUAUGGUGAAGAAUUUCUUCCUAACAUCUAAUCUAAGUUUCCCCUCCUCUAGCUUGGAUCCAUCCCCCCAGUCCUAUCACUGCCCAACAUCCUAAAAAGACCCUCACCAGCUUUCUUCAGAUACUGGAAGGCCACAAUAGUUCAGCUACAGUUAAAAUGGAUUACUUCUUCUUUUUUUUAUGGUGGAAAUGUUGGGGGAUGUGGUUCUCUCCACACAUGGAAUUAAAUGAUUGCCGUGUAAAAGGGAGAUGGGCAGCGAGGAGGGGGAAGAGUUUCCUGGGGAAAUACCUUUAUGGUUUUAUGAAAAACUAGACAAAGAGCUUGAAGAAAACCUACACAACUGUUCACGUUCUAGUGAAACUGCAGAACUUGUAUUACAUUGACUGUAAUAGCUGUCUUUUCAGAAACUUCUAUCUCUAUCAUUUAAAAUAAAUGAUAUU